AUGGUAAGGAAUGUCUUCAGUUUCUUUGUUCUUAUCCAACCUUUUCUUCUCCCAUCAAAAUCGUCUAGAAGCCCUAAAACCACCCCACCCCACCCCACCCCACCCCACCCCACCCCACGAUCGAUUUUGCUCCUUCUACUACGGUGCCUUCAAUGGCUGCCAUGGAUUUGGUGGCACAGGUGUGUUUUCCCUGCUUCCAUUCUGACCUCCACCGCCUCCUCUCACUUCAGCUGUGGUGCUUUGAAGUUCCGGUGGGUGAUUAAGUAUACGCUUCUCACUUCUUCUUCUAGCUACCACUCCCCAAUGGCUCCGGUGAUGGCACACCCUUUCUCCAUCAAGUGUGUAAAGUUACGGACAACACGAUGA